AUGGAGUUUGAUAAGAAUUUGAGAGAAGAAUUCCCUUUCCUUUCAAGCCUAAUCUCAGACAAUAAUAAUGAUUCUCCCUUCAAAUUAACAAAUGAAUUUUCUCUUGACACCCCAAACACCUCCUCCUUCUCUUCAUCUUCCUCAACUUCUUCAAAUAGUACUAAUUUGUGUGACAACUACUUUCAGUACCUGGACUACCUUCUCAACAAUGACAUGUCCUUCAAAUCUAAUCAUUCAGCAAUCCAAGGGUCUUCACUGGAUUCCCCAAUUAGGGUUUCUACAUCGACGAGCGGGGACGAUCCGUUAGAGGCCUACACUAAUGGGGUGUUCAAAGAUGUUAAUGCCUAUGCAAAUGAAGCUCUCUAUGAUCUUGAUUGCAAGAACAUUAAUGGGGUGUUACAGAGGAGAGUGGUACCCUUUUGGGAUCAGAUUGAAUUUCAAAAGAAAUCUGAAAUCCAGGUAGCUUCGUCAACUUUGCUCAUCAAUUUUGAAGAAUUUGGAUCUGUUAAUAGGUUGCUACCCACAGAGGAGAUGUCAUGCACAGCAGUAGAUAAUGCUGGUCAUGGUGCACAUCAAAGUAAAGGGAAGAUCAUCAAAAGGGUUCCUAUUAAAAGAGAUUUCAAAGUCCCAAACAGGAAGAAGAUAAGCAAAGGCCAAUGGAGUCAAGAAGAAGAUAGACUGUUGGUGCAAUUGGUGGAAGAAUAUGGAGUGAAAAACUGGUCUCAAGUAGCUAUGUUGAUGGAGGGAAGAGUUGGGAAGCAAUGUAGGGAGAGAUGGCACAACCACUUAAGGCCAGAGAUCAGGAAAGACGCAUGGAGCGAAGAGGAAGACCAGCUACUAAUAGAAGCUCACAAAGAAAUGGGGAACAAAUGGGCAGAGAUUGCAAAGAGAUUGCCUGGAAGGACUGAAAACACAAUCAAGAACCAUUGGAAUGCAACCAAGAGAAGGCAAUUCGCAAGGCGGAAAGGGAAAGGCAUGACUAGUACUACUUCUCCUCCAAUAACUUCUCACUUGCAAAACUACAUCAAGGGCUUGACUACUAAUUCUCCAACUCAAACACCUGAAAUUGUGUCUACUACUAGUAGUGAAAUUCCAAGCUACUAUUCUAGUGAGGCCAUGGAAUUGCUUCCUUUUGGGAUGAACAUGUUCGCGGAUACCUUGCCCCCGCCGGUGUUUGAUGAUGAGAUUUGUAGCAGUUCGGCUAUUGUUGAUGAUGAGAUGGCUCUGAAGAUGGAUGGAUUGAAGCAAAGUGACGAUCAUGAGGUGAUGAGGAAGGAAUUGGAUUUGAUAGAGAUGAUGGCUCAAGAGAAUGCUUGA